UCUCUAUCCUCUCCGCCGUUUCUCUCUCUUUCAAGGCGAUUCCGGCGGUUUUCGAGCUCCCAUCCCCGGCGAUUCCUCUACCCACGCUCAUAUCUCUUCCCCCAAACCCGAAAUCAUGUCCGAGGAAUCACCCCGCCCCGCAGCCCGUCGACGUAGUUCGGUGAGCUCUUCCCGUGCAUCGGGAUCGUCUCACGAACAAAACUCGUUUCCCGCAUAUACUCCCGCUCCACCUCCCGCUCCUGCUCAACAGAAUCCGGGGGUCAUGCCAGUUGAACUAUUGGUUCAACAACCGGGUCGAGAGCAUCUCCCGGUUCUCCAUCCCACCCCACGACGAGGACAUAGCACUUGGUUCACCAAGUCGAGUAAUGGCAUUAGCAGGAGCAUCAACCAGAUGAUGUAUUCCAUGCUCCAAAUUGGAUAUACGAAGUGGAGUGAGAUCCCUCAAGACGACCAAGAGUUGUGGUUUCGUCAAUUUGCGCAAGAGUUCAACUGGCACCCCGAUCACACGGAAACAGUCCGUAUUAGAUUCAAAGCUAAGGCCAUGGACUCUUAUACAAAGCAGGUGAACGCGUGGAAGAAAGUUUGGCAGAAGAACAAGAGGCCACGGAACAUCAACGGGAGGGUGUUCGAGCAGUUGAUAGUUCAUUGGCAGAAGGACGAAACUGCAGAGACGUCUUCUAGGAACUCUAAGAACCGGAAGAGCGAUCGUGGCGGGAAAGGUAUGUAUGUGCACAACCUCGGGGCUUGCUCUAUGUCUACUAAGGAAGAUGAACUUAUCGAAGCAAAUGACGGUAAUCCCGUUGAUCGACUCCAACUCAUUAAGGUGGCUCACACUAACAAGACGACGGGUCAAAUUCAGGACCUCUUGAUCAAAGAUGUCGUUGAUUUGGUGGAAACUGAAAUAGCAUCUCAAUCUCAGCCUCUCUCUGAUGACGGCGAUUCAGUGGGAGCUUCAACCAACUUGUCCCGAUUGCAAAUAAAUGAGAUGGUUGAAAAGGCUGUUCCUAAAAGGAAAGGAGGCUUUUAG